AGGCAUAUCUCUUCCCCCAGCAGAAGACAAAGUUCCAGAUUCAUUGCAGGCUGCGGCAGUCCCAUUGUCUAGUUUGCGCUUCUUCCUUCAUCUGCAAAACAGAGGACCCAGGUGAUUUGGAAGACCUCUGCUUGAGACUCUGCAGCUGCCGGUCAGAGACUGACGUUAUCAGAUUAUGGAUCCGACUCAGUAGAAGUAGGAUUCUUGGGCUUACAUCCUGACGGUCACAAUGUUAUUCUUUGGAAGCCUGGGCCUUCUCUCAGCCACAGAAUUCCUCAUCGCCAGUGUUGUUUUCCUUCUGAUCUUUGUUACCAUCAAAUCCUCCUGGAAGCGGAUACCCCAGGGGCUAAAGCCACUCCCAGGGCCAGUGGGCUAUCCGAUCAUUGGCAGCAUGCUAGAAGUGGGGAAGAACCCCCACCUGAGCUUGACAGAGAUGAGCAAGAAAUAUGGGGAUGUGAUGAAGGUCCACAUUGGCAUGAGACCCGUGUUGGUGCUAAGUGGGCUUGAAACCACCAAGCAAGCGUUGGUGAGGCAAGGAGGAGACUUUAUGGGGCGCCCGGACCUGUACAGCAUGCGGCACGUUGUAGAUGGCCAGAGCCUGAGUUUCAGCACGGAUUCUGGGGAGAUGUGGCUGGCCCGCAGGAAACUGGUCCAGAAUGCCUUGAAGAGUUUUGCGUUCUCCCUCAGCCCAGACUCUGUGUCCUCCACCCUCUUAGAAGAGCAUGUCUCCAAAGAGGCGGAAUACCUGGUCAUGAAGCUGCAGCAGGUGAUGCAAGAGCAGCGGAGACUCGAUCCCUUUCGAUACCUCGUGGUCUCUGUGGCCAACGUGGUUUCCGCCAUGUGCUUCGGCAAGCGCUACGGCCACGAUGACCAGGAGCUGCUCAGCAUCGUGAACGAAAGCGAACAGUUUGUGGAAGUCGCUGCCUCUGGGAACCUUGCCGAUUUCAUCCCUCUGCUUCAACUUCUCCCAGGGAAGAGCUUGAAGAAGUUCAAGGAAUUCAAUCACAGAUUCAGCACUUUCUUGAAAAACAUGGUCAAAGACCACUUUGAGAGUUUCAGUAAGGACAACAUCCGCGACAUCACUGAUUCGCUCAUCGAAUUAAGCCAAGAAAAGGAAGAAAAAAAUAUGAAGACUCAACUCCCCACUGGAAAAAUAGUGAACCUCGUUAACGAUAUUUUCGGUGCUGGUUUUGACACCGUAACCACCGCCUUGUCCUGGUGUCUCACGUACCUUGUCAUUUAUCCUGAAAUGCAGAAGAAAAUUCAACGAGAAAUAGAUGAAACCAUUGGUAGCGAGAGGAAGCCAAGGCUCUCGGAUCGGCCCCUGCUGCCAUAUACGGAAGCCUUUAUCCAAGAAACGUUCAGACACUCGUCCUUCAUACCUUUCACAAUCCCCCACUGCACAACCAGAGAUACCACCUUGAAUGGCUUCUAUAUCCCAAAGGAUACUUGCGUCUUUGUCAACCAGUGGCAAGUAAACCAUGAUAAGUCUGUUUGGAAGGAUCCUUUCGUCUUCAUACCAGAGCGUUUCCUUACUGCCAGCGGGAAAGAAAUCAACAAAGAUGAGGCCGAGAAGGUGUUGAUAUUUGGUUUGGGGAAGAGGAGAUGCGUUGGGGAGAUGAUUGCCCGAUGGCAAGUCUUCCUGUUCUUGACUAGUUUGCUACAAGAACUCCAGUUCACGGUCCAGGACGGGGUCAAAGUGGACCUGACGCCUCGUUACGGGCUCACAAUGAAGCUCCCGAGAUGCGAGCACUUCCAAGUGACCAAGCGUUCCACAAAGAAGACCACCGAAUGAGUUGUGAAGACUUGUUGCUGAGCGAAAAGGACAUUUUAACACAUGUCCACCCCUGCAGGCUCUUCAUUGUGCAGCGCUCUUUUUCUCUUAGAAGGACCCAUCACAACUUUCUCUUCAGACAAACUCUCUUCUAACAGAGAUGGUUUUACAGUCUUCACCCUAUUUGCCCCCUCUGAUGUCUUCCCGAGGACAGUUGGGACACUUUGCCCAUUCAAGAAAGACGUUUUGUAUAUUGCAAUGCCUUGGUUACACAGGCAUUGGUACAAAAUAUUCAGAAAGGAUAUACACAUUUUUGCAAGGGGCAUACUUGCUUAUGCUGGUAUAACCAUUCCAAGUUACCUUGCAUAAUUUGGAUAUGUGAAAGAGCUAUGCUUUGUUGACCCUCUUAGAAGCCUGUGUAAUUCCAAACAAAAUAAAAGUCCCAUCUUGCAUAAGUUUGCCCAUGCAGUCAAGCUGUGUCUGACAGUAUCUCCUUGGAAAAUAUUUUACUGCUGUUGUCAGCCAAGAAGCCUUUUUUGCACUGCCAAUUUCAUAAAGUGGCUUGGGUUUUAGUGGCUUGAUUUGUAAUGUAUCUGCCUCGUUUCUGUGCUGUCCUUGUAAUUCCUUGUUUACCCCUUCGUCUUUUCUUUGCAGCAUCAUGCUUUCAUAAACUGUGUCAAUUAAGCCCUUGA